AUGAUUUUGAGAAAUUUUCAACAACAAAAAUGGAUAAAUCGAUGGAAAGAAAUGAAAAGUAAUGAUGUAACUAGUAGUAGCAGUAAAGAGCAAAAAAAUGAGAAAAAAGAAAAAUUUUACGUGUUAGGAAUGUUUCCAUAUCCUAGUGGUAUGUUACAUAUGGGUCAUGUGAGAGUUUAUACUAUUAGUGAUACUAUUGCAAGGUUUAAAAAAAUGCUAGGAUAUGAGGUGAUUCAUCCAAUGGGAUGGGACGCAUUUGGUCUUCCAGCAGAAAAUGCUGCAAUUGAACGCGGAAUUAAUCCUGCAGAAUGGACUAUCAGUAAUAUUGAAACUAUGAAAUCUCAACUAGGAAAAAUCCUUGCCGAUUUUGAUUGGGAAAGGGUUGGGUUUAUUAAAAUAUUUAUAUCCAAUUUGGCUUACCAAAAAGAAGCUAUAGUGAAUUGGGAUCCAAUUGAUCAAACAGUUUUGGCAAAUGAACAGGUAGAUUCUAAUGGAUUUUCUUGGAGAUCUGGAGCAAAAGUAGAGCAUCGUAAGCUAAAGCAAUGGUUUAUCAAAAUCACUGAUUUCACUGAGUCAUUAUUGAAUGAUCUUGAUUUGUUGAAUGAUUGGCCAGAACAUGUUAAACAAAUGCAAAGAAAUUGGAUUGGAAAAUCUGAAGGUGCAGAAUUUGAUUGUCCAGUUACGUAUCGAUUAAGAGACUGGCUUAUAUCUAGACAACGAUAUUGGGGUACUCCGAUCCCAAUCAUACAUUGUCCGAAAUGUGACGCAUGUAUUGUCCCUGUUCCAGAUUCCGAAUUACCUAUACUUUUACCACAGAAUGUUUCUUUCUCUAGUCGUGGAGGAUCACCUUUGAAACAAAUUCAUGAUUGGGUUAAUUGUGAAUGUCCAAAAUGUCAUGGACCUGCAAAAAGAGAUACAGACACCAUGGACACUUUUGUUGAUUCAUCUUGGUAUUUUUUACGUUAUAUCGAUCCUAAAAAUUCUACUCGUCCUUUUUCUUUUGAGGAAGCAUCUAAAUAUCUCCCUGUUGAUAUUUAUGUUGGUGGAGUGGAACAUGCAAUUUUACAUCUUCUUUAUUCCAGAUUCUUCACAAAAUUUUUAAUACAACAAGGAAUGUACAUUUCAAAAAAUCAAUCAAAUUCCUCUAAUUUUAAUGAACCAUUCAAACGAUUAAUUACACAGGGAAUGGUUCAUGGAAAAACUUUUAAAGAUCCAGUUUCUGGUCGAUUUUUAAAACCUGAAGAAGUUGAUACGACAGACCCUAAUAAUCCUAUACAAAAAUCAACCGGUCUUGUACCAAUUGUAUCUUUUGAAAAAAUGUCAAAAAGUAAAUAUAAUGGUAUAAACCCGGAGACAAUAAUAGAUAUUUAUGGUGCAGAUGCAAUACGUUUAUAUAUGCUAUUUAAAGCACCAGUAUCAGAAGUUUUAGAAUGGGACGAUUCAAGUGUUGUGGGAAUGCAAAGAUGGAUUGUGCGUGUAUGGAAGUUAGUUUGUAGUAUUACUACUGAAAAAAAUAUUGAAUUAUCUAAAAAUGAUGAUGAUGAUGAAGGAAUUAUUAAAUUGGAUAUUUUGAAAAUGAAUAAUAAUGAAAAAGAUACUUAUCGGUUUAUCAAUAAUACAAUCAGAGAGGUUACACGUGCCUAUGAUGAUAUUUUUUCUUUUAAUACAGGAGUUUCUUCUUUAAUUAAAUUGACAAACCACCUUUCAAGUGUUUCGCCAAGUCUAAACAAACAAGAUCAACCUUCAUCAACAUCAGCAUCAAUAGAUAUUUCACCUAUUAAUGGUAAAACAAGAUUUUCUAUACUAGUUCCUUCAGCAUUAUUAAACAAUAAUUCAUCAAUUGAAAAGUUGAUUCAGGAAUCUGAAAAUGGUCAAAAAUGGUUUAAUCAUAUUAUGUUGGGCAAAAAAAUUAAACGUAUAAUCCAUGCAAAUAAUGAAGAAUCUUUAACACCAGAAUUCCAUGGCUCUGACUGA